GAAGACGUAGAAUUUUCGGAGACCGAUAAUCGUAAUCAAUUUUUCUGAUAAAUUCUUCAAAUUACCAGUGAAAUACCUCGUGUCACGUUGUGUAAUCUAACUGCUCAAACGCCUCUUAGCUUUUGGACUUUUUUCCGCAACAUCAACCAGAUAAAAUGAAACAAGAUACUCCACCUGCCUCACCUGGACAGCAGGAGGAGGAGGAUGAUGUGGUAGAGUUGGACGAGGAGUUCAUCGUUGAUGAAGACGAGGAUGACUAUGAGAAUGACAACGGCUUCGGCAUCAGUGAUAUCAGCAUGGAUGAUGAAGAUGGGCAGGAUGAAAUGUCAGAAGCUGCCAGUAAUGCUCCUAAAAGAGACGACUCUGAAUUGGUAUUCUCCAAACAUACAGGUUCCGUAUUUUGCUGUCAUUUGGAGCAGAAAAUGGGUUGCCUAGCUGUUACAGGAGGAGAAGAUGAAAAAGCCUACGUCUGGAAAACACGUACAGGAGAAGUUGAGUUUGAGUGUACCGGCCAUAAUGACUCGGUUAUUGGUGUUGAAUUUAACCAUGAUGGCUCUCUUGUUGCAACUGGUGACAUGGGCGGACUGAUCCAAGUUUGGAAAAUAUCAUCCAAGUCUCUUCUCUGGAGUGAAAAUAUCUCUGAGUUUGUUUGGUUAAAAUGGCACAAAAGCGCCAACGUUUUACUAGCUGGCACUCAAGCUGGCGAAGUUUACCUGUGGAAAGUUCCGACUGGUGAAUGCAAAGUACUUGCUGGAAAUAAAGCCAACACUGACUGUGGAGCAUUUUUACAUGACGGCAAACGUGCAGUUAUUUGCUAUGCAAAUGGGAUAAUCAAAAUCUAUGAUUUAAAAACCAGCCAAGUUCUUCACACAAUUGGUAGUCUGGAAGGUCAUUCAGGAACCGUCAGCUGUAUUGAUAUCCACCCUGAUAACAACCUGAUUGUAACAGGUGGAGAGUUCGGUCAGAUAGUUCUUACAAAAACUCAAACCGGGAAGGUCGCAUCCAAGUUCGAGUGUGAUGAUACAUCCAGUAAUGAAAGCUCUAACCAUCCUGCCUGGGUUGAAGCAGUGUGUUUUUCCAAAGAUGCAAAUUUUCCUUUGGUUGUUGCUGCCACUUUGAGUGGUAAUAUUUUCAUCUGGGACUACUCAAAACUGGCCCUAAGACACAAAAUCAGCGUGGGGCAUGGAAUCAGCCGUCUCUUGUGGGACCCAUUGAGCACCACAGUCUAUGCUGCUGAUCUGGAUGGUGCUAUCCAAAUUUUGAAUGCACGCACUGGGGAGGUUCAAGCAGCUCUUCUCGGCCAUAGUCAGAACAUAUUAGAUAUUUGUCUCUCAUCUGACAGCAGUAUGAUUAUAAGCGCAUCUGAUGACAAAACCGCCCGACUCUUCGCCAUAAAUGCACCGGAAAGGGCGGCAUCAAAGGUUGGAAUCCAAGAUAGCAUGGAAAAUUAAGAAAAAUUGUUUCUUAUAGGAAGUCAAAGAAUUCAGAGGGAAAUGGUGAAAUUGCAAUUCGGAGCUGAACUCAAGAAGCUUUUUCAGGGUAUCAUUAGUGAAGUUUUCCAAUACAAUUAAGACUCCUUGUCAGUACAUAUAUACUCACUGCAAAUAUAUGAUGAAAAUCUGAAGUUAUUUACAAGAGUUAGAAAAUACACAUAAUCAAAUGCAGUAAUGAUCAUGCUAGUAUCUCUUUCCAAAUUGCUCUUUAUUCAAAUCUUAAAAACAGAUCCAUUUAAAAAUAAUCUUAAAUUUUAUAAAAUGUCAAAAACCAAAAUUCUCAAUGUCAAUCACACUCCGAUGCAAGAUUGUAAAAUUUGUAUCUGUAGUUGUAGUCACAGGUGGUACCUCCAAAGGGUUCUCUUGUGUGACGAAAAUUUCUAAAUUGGAUUGUUCAGAACCUGGGUGAGACACAAAUAUAUUCUUCUUGUUUUUUCUUGCUAGUUUGAAAUGCUAAUUUUACACUCAGAAGAAAUUGUAAGUCCAUUAUUUUUCGAAAGUUGCAUUAUGUAUAUUUCAAAGCUUUUUAUUUAUUUUUUUUCAUUCAGUUUAGUUUUUCCUCUUUACUAUUUAAUUUUUCUUGGUGCAUUAUUUUUCGUUUUUUAGAUGACUGAAAUUUUAAGAAGUAGGGUAUGGAGAACUUAAUGGCAGAUCUCUCCUUUUAAUGUAAAGAACCGGUAUUUGUUGUUAAUCCUAUUUUUAUAUUUUAAUUAUAAUUGCAAGAUAUCGCAGAAUCAGCGAAGGAAAUGAUAAUUAAUUUCAUUGUGUGUAAGUCCUGUUAAUGUAUUGUCUCCUUCUUGGUAAGUCUUACCUCUAUAACAAACUUUAUUAUAAUGAUUAUGUUUUUUAUUAUUUAAUUAGUAGACUCCGCUCUUGUUUGCUACGGAUGUCCUGAUUCUGUGUGAACCUUUUUCUACCUUUUUGCGAUUAUUCAAGCCAUUUCUUGUGUUAUUUUUAGAAUAGGGAGCGUAGCUGUAUAAUGAUAAUCAGUGAGCUAAUUGACACGGUAUGAAAUGAAGCAUAAUGCAAAAUGUACUCUCUUUAAAAUUUCAGGAGGAAAACAAACCAUACAACAGGAAGUCUUAAGAAUCAACUCCCAAGCAAGGUACAAAUGUUUACAAUUAACUUUUGUUAAGUGGUUAACAUACAAAUGACGUCAUUUUUAAUAAUUCAACUUUCAUUUGAUCUGUAUUAAAAACAGUCGUUAAAAUCAUGCUCAGGAGUUGAUUGUAAAACUCCUGGAUAAGUGAAUCGUUUUCCUCAUAAGAUUUUGAAGGGCAAAGGUGCAACAUUUUCUAGGUCAGACCUUGUCCCUUUGCCCAUUGAUGUGAACUUUAAUUAAAUCCUAAGCUCAAAAAUUAUCUAUAUCGUCUUCUAUCAAUAUUUUUAAUUUUAAAUGUGAACUUACAUCAGUAAAGAAUGUAUUACAAAGGUUCCCUUUCGAAUUGCAUUCUUUCCCAGAAUAAGUAGAAUAGAUUUUAAAUAAUACCCGUCAGUGCUUAACUUUAUUCAUCUCUAAAAUUUCUUUUGCUUCAAUAGACUCAUUUCCAUCAUGCACAUCAUCCCACACCUUCGAAUUAGAGGCAUGUUACCAUGAAAAUUAUAUGAUUGACUUCUGGAGUACGUAGCAUUAUAUUUUGACUUACCUUUUAAUUUUAGAUUAUCUCAGAGAAAACUAUACCACUUGAGACGAAACUGUAGUCUCUCUUCUGUCUCUUGUAUGACAAGGAGGGAAUUUUUAUACUUAUCUACGCACUGGUUUCCUAUCUACUAGAAGUCGUUAAAUAAACUAUUUCCUUCCUGAAUGUAACUUUUCAUCAAGAUGUAGUGUUUCCUUGUUGUCAAACAAUUACAAUGUUGUAGUUCUGCACUUAUCUUCCAAGAUUUUCGUUUAACAAUUGUGUACCUAUUACUUAAAAUUCAUGAAUCUGAUGUAAUUAUUUCUCUCAUAGACUUUUGCUUUCAGAAGCAUUUUUGAACUGUGUACUUCAAUUUUUGUCUCAGAAUCUACCGCUGAAUUUUCAACUUCAAUUUGUUUGUAAAUAAAAUGUUUUGUUUUUAAAAGGAAA